CCAUGGACGCGGUUAUAGACCUGUUCCGUGGGCUGACUGUUCUUUACAUAGACAGGUAACCACGACCGCAUGGCAUGGCAUUGCUCGACAUUAUAAAGCUCGAGUUCAAUGUUAAAUUCUAUACACGGGCCUUCUUUCCACCGAUUCUCAAGAUUGAAAGGCCCCCUUUGCACGAUUGUACGUACGUACGUACAAAGUGAACUUUUAUACUGUUAAUCUGUGAUUCAGCCUUCGUCUACAGAAGGGUGACGCACAGUGAGCUGGUUCGGGAGUGUUUAGCGAAGAGAAUCAUUAAAUGUUGCGGUACAAACGAUUAUUAAUAUGCAAAGUUAAUAAUGCAGACAGUACAGUUUAAUUGUAUAAAUGAAGUAUAGAUGAAAAUAUAGGUAUGAGACGAAUACAAGAACCCAUUAAAACGCGACCGUUAAAUCCGAGCUGUAAGGAGAAAGUGCGAUAAAAUAGCAAAAGAGUUAUUAAGAAACAUUUCAGUUCUAGAUAAAAUUCAUCUUCCACGCCACAUAAAUAUAUCAGACCGAAAGGAAAUGGGGUAUAGCUUGCCAGAAACAGACAGAAUUUUAAUAACGAUGAUAUCGAUAAUCAACCGAUUAUAAGAGUCACCGACGAUUCAUUUCUGGAUUACGCGACGUGUUAUCGUGAGGUCUAUGCCUUGAGCAUUUCGAAGUGACUAUUUUAUAGCCACGAAAUAAUCGAUGGCCCCAGUUCUCCGCAGUCCUGCAAGCCGGCUUGUCCGAUCCAGUGAAUUACAGCAGAGGCGGUUUUGUUAUACAGACUAAAGGAUCGAAGUCGCGACCCUGCAGCGAGGCGUGUCAUUGAUAAUCCGAUCGUAGCUAAUUCUUCGAUUAGAAAUUGUUCGAAAUCCUAUGAGAGAGAGUGCAUUGAUCAGCAACAGUCCUUCUGCAGUUAUUCGAUUGGGAGUUUUUCUUCCGGAUUAUUUAAAUAGAUCAUCGCCCUGUUACGCUGAUCAUCGUCUUUGGAACCGACCGAUACUACAAUAACGUGUUGGGCGAUACGUGAUACUCAGAGAUCAAAACGAUGUAUCAGGUGGUAUUUCGCCUGGUUGUUUUUGGCAAUCUUCUCUUUUCCGAUGUUUUAGGACAUGGAAGAUUGAUCGAACCUCCAUCCAGAGCUUCCAUGUGGAGGUAUGGAUUUGACACACCACAUAAUUACAAUGAUAACGAAUUAUACUGCGGUGGUUUUACUCGACAAUGGCAAUAUAAUGGAGGAAAAUGUGGCAUAUGUGGUGAUCCAUGGAAUGUGAAACAGCCCCGUCCCAACGAAAUAGGGGGAAAAUAUGGGAACGGUAUAAUUGUGAGGAAAUAUAGGACAGGUUCUGUCAUCCCUAUAAACGUAGAAUUGACGGCAAAUCAUCGUGGAUAUUUCGAAUUUCGAUUGUGUCCGCUGAAAUAUCGUGGCAUCGAAGCAACCGACGAAUGUUUGGACAAACAUAUUCUUCUCGGCGAAAAUGGAACGGCCAGAUAUUAUCCCGGCCCCGGAAAUAAAAUAUUUGAGAGUUAUUACAGACUGCCGGAUGAUGUAACUUGUGCUCAAUGUGUGCUCCAAUGGAGAUAUAUCGCCGGAAAUAACUGGGGUCAAUGUGAAAAUGGAACAGGAGCUGUUGGGUGUGGACCACAAGAAGAGUUCAGAGCAUGUGCAGACAUUACAAUCGGCGACAGUGAAGCAACAUUGCUUCCACAUCCGGUCACAGGCAAAAUGGAUACAUCAUUUGGAACAUCCACUACCAAACAGGCUUAUCCAGCACCUACUGAGCCAACUUUGGUACCUGAAGCAACUGGUCCUCAUUGGCUAUUCAGUUUGGUUAUUGUUGGGACAUGUCUACUGGUUGUUGUGGCUGUUUUGGCAUUAUUGUAUGUCUAUUAUUACCAUGUUGGGAAAGCGAAAAAAUUCUUGAUGGUUGAAAAACUCUUGCAACCAAAUAUUGCUCCAGUUGCUCCACCGCGACACAAAAAAAAUCAAACCUCAGGAUUGCAUUCACCCAUGGAAGAAGCAUAAGCCAAGUGUCAGGGCUUGUAAAAUCUGCACAUCUCAACUAUCUAUCUAGAAGUAAGCCAAGAGCUUUUGCCUUGUAACAUGUAAGUGACCUAUUUUGUAUCCCCGACCCUGUGUAUAUACAUGUAUGCCUAUCCGUCCGAUAAAAUUAUUUAUUCAAUGA